GUUUUUAUACGACGCAGGCCAAGAGCUGCAACAUAGCUCCCGGAUACGCUAGCUCACCAACUCUGCCUACGACGACCAAGAAGGAGACGUAGUUUGGCGAUGGCAAAGUCAUUCGCUCAGUACGCCUCCCAAUUUUUGACCCAACAGCAUAAUCCAGCAUCGAGUCUGUCUUCUUCGCAGCCUCUAUUCUUUUCAUUCACAACCGACGAAGGGUCUCGUACAGGUGAUGAUCAUGACACAGACGUCGACGACGUUGACGAUCCCCAUCUGCGUGCAAGCAGAAUGUCGAGUCGAGGAAAUUAUAGGAGUCGAGCACAUGAUAUAGAGGAUGAGGACCCAUAUCUCCGCUUGGACGAAGGGGAAAUCCCUCCAGGAGCCUCUCAUCAUGCUUCUCAGUCGAUUCCCUUGAUGGCAUCUGACUAUGGCCAAGCUGAGUCCCAAGACUAUCCAAAGGGCUGGCUUGCCCACCAAGCAUCUCCUCCUCGAAGAGUUCGUUCGCCUUCACCAUCCCUUUCAUCCUCAUCUCUUGGUUCACCCGGCUCUGCAGUCGGGUCACCGAAACUCAUGCCUAAUCGGUCUGCUAGACCUCUGCCUCCUCAUCCUCCACCUCCGCGAGCUCACGAGCCAGUCUCGUUAUCUCUGACCGAGUCGUUGUUACCGAGAGAUGGUACUUCACGCCCCGUCGACGUAUUCUCAUUACCGGACCCGCGGCAUAUCACUCGAAGUCGACGAAAGUUUAAUGACUCGCACUGGACCAUAAUUUGGUGUACGGGAGUUUCUCUAUGCGCCUUCUUUUCCAUUCUACUACUAUUCAUGGGCAAGCAUCGCAAGGACGACCAACGGAGUGUGACGCUCCCAUACACAACUCUGCUACAUACAGUACCCCUGCUUACCAUCUUGACAUUUUUGAGCGCUAUCAUGGCGUAUGCCCACGUUUUCCUUCUCCGCAUAUUUGUUCGUCCAGUCAUGGUCGCAACAUCAGUAUUCAUACCAGCUACACUUUUUAUCUCUGCUAUUUGGGCUUUUGUUGGUAGUUUCAUGUGGGAUGGAAACCAAGAACCAACUUGGGGUGAGACAGUUGGUCUUCGAUUAUUCUCACUUGUACCUCUCGUUCUCUCCGUCAUCACUGCCAGACGCCUAGUGGAUUUACCACGAGAAAUCCAUUCAACUUCAUCCAUCCUUGAUCUUACCACGCGGCUUCUCCUUGCAAAUCCUUUCCUGCUCGCUGUCUCUCCUGCGAUGCUCCUUGCGAUGCUCCUUGCAUCUAUACCAUUCAUUACCCUGAUAUUCCGACUCCUUUUGAUUGGUUAUGUCUCUGACCCCAAUGGGCGACUAGAAGGGCAUGUUCGAGGAUGGGCCAACUGGGCAAUAUUCGGUGCAGUCUGUGUGUGGCUUUGGAGCUGGGCUGUCGCGAAGGGCAUGUUGCGUACGACUUGUGCGGGUGUUGUUGGCGCUUGGUACUUUGCAGACCCCGAUGCUCCAAUCCCACUGCCAGGUGAUACUCGCACCAUUCACGCUGCUCUCAUGCGGGCUGCAUAUCCAUCCCUUGGAUCGAUUGUCCUCAGUGCGCUCAUCCUGACAGGUAUCCGAUUACUAGGGCUCCUUACCCUGGCCUUGCGCUGGCUUCCACUCUAUCUACCGCUUGCACUGCGUCCAUGGUGUCAGCCUCUAAUGAUGGGUUCAGGCAUGGCAGUCGCAUAUUUAGAGAGCGUUACAAUAUCCUUGAGCAAGUAUGCGCUCGUCUAUACUGGAUUGACCGGCGACCCCUUCUUUGUGAGCGCAAGGAGAGCUCGGGCUCUCACUGCUGCCGUUGAGACUGUUAGUGGAGGCCGGUACCGCAAGAAAUUCAAGACUGAACCACCAUUAAGGAUGCUUACCUACGCACCAUUAACGCUGACAUUCCCCUUCGCACUCAUGACGUAUCUUUUUGUCGCUCACACAUUGGAUGCGCCUAACUAUGCAUUGGGGGCCUCGCUACUUGCUGGUGGUGUCACUGCACUUGUGGGCUUGUUUUGCGUGGGACUAGUCAAGGAUGUUGCUGAUACGCUGUAUCUGUGUUACUGCAUUGACAAGGAUGUGGGUGAGAGGCAUAGGGAGGAAGUGUUUGUUGCUUUCGAAUACGAGAUACAACCCCGGGCUGCGGCUCCACCGCAACCACAGGCUCAGCCGCGCUCGCCUCUAUCAGGUCGGCCUGAACAGGCAUCUCCCCCUCGGGUACAGCGCCCAGCAGCCAUGUCUCCACCACGGUCCAACCCACCGCGCGCACCUCAACAAUAUUCUCCGCCCCCUCCGAAACUUGUUCACCGCCCCAUUGAUCCCAUCCAGCUGCUACAGCCAACCAUCCCAGAUGCAGACAUCGAUCCUUUCGAACAUGAACCACUAGGGUUUGAUGCACCUGCAGGGCAAGUUCAAGGGUACGAUCUUUCUCCCAAGCCUCGUCGGGCGUCAUUGGACGAAGAGAGCCUCGAUGAAGACGACGAACACGGUGAAGAGUCGCAGCUCUUCCCAGGGUCUGGGCUUUUCUGAUACGAGUAGAGCAGGCACUUGAACUUGUUUAUAAUCACACUAAUCUGCGAAGUUGGUGACAUCUUAGGAUAGAUUAAUCGUCCUGCAUCAUGCUGUAUAUUUGCACGUCUUGUUUUGUAUUUAAUGUAUAUUCAUCUACAUACUCGUGUCCCUGACCAGAUAUCAAUGUAGGAUGAGGAGAUUGAUCCCCAGGAGCCAUGCGGCACUAGUGCUGACCUCCUUUCAUACACCUCUCAAGAUCUCGUUCACAGGUGUUCACAGCAACAACCCACUUAAAAUGCAAACCUGGAUUACUCAUCUAUGUUUCAAGUUCGGAGCAAUCGGAACGUCAAUCUGGGAGACGCA